UGUGUUCUUUGUAUUUUUUAAAUUAUAACUCUUUCCUUUUGAACAUAUGUAAAUGGUGUUAAAUCAAAGUUAAUUGGGAUGCUGUCUGUGAAUAGAAGGAAAUAAAAUAUUAAUUGAUGAUGAGGUUUCAUGAUCAGUUUUUUGCAGCGAUAUCAUCUUUCGCUUCUUGUAUAAAUUUUCUACCGUUGGCUUACAUGGAUUAAUCUCGUUUUUUAAACAAUUGUUGCUAUUUCUCUUAAGUUAAUAUGGAUAAGAAACCAGAAAUUGUGAUAUCAGGUGUAUCUGGUCGUUUCCCUGAUUGCUCCAACAUUGAGGAACUGAAAGAUAAAUUAUACAAUGGUGUUGAUAUGUUGAUUGAAAAUGAAGAAAGAUGGCCAAAAGGUACUUAUGGAUUACCCUCAAAAAGUGGUAUUUUGAAGGGCUUACACAAUUUUGAUGCUUCGUUUUUUGGUCUAUCUGACAAGGAAGCUGACCUUCUUGAUCCUUCUAUACGGUUCAGUAUUGAAACAAUUUUUGAAGCUCUUUGUGAUGCAGGCUUGAACCCAUGGAGUCUUGGUGAACGAAAAGUUGGUCUAUUUUAUUCUCAAAUGUACAACGAGAUUGAUCGAAGUUUGGGAUUAAAUGACGAAGAAGCUUUAUCUUUUCCUCAACUGUUAGAACGUUUAGUGGCUUAUAUAUUUGACAUAAAAGGUGGAGUUUUUCUUUACGAAACAGCUUGUUCAUCAAGUGUGACCACAUUAAAUGAGGCCUUUGUCCAGUUAACGCAUGGUUGCAUUGACUUGGCCAUUGUAUGCGGUGCAAACAUCCUCUGGUCUCCAUCCUACGCUCUAUUCUUUCACAGACUCGGGCUGACAUCUCAGGAUGGUACUUGUAGGUUUCUUGAUUCAAAAGCCUCAGGAUAUGGUCGUGGUGAAACCGUAACAGCAGUUAUACUUGAACGAGUCUGUGAUGCUCAACGGGUUCAUGCUCAUUUGAUUUAUGCAUCUACAAAUUGUGAUGGCUAUAAAUCACAAGGAAUUACUUAUCCAUCAUGGAAGGCGCAAGCCAAUUUAAUUGAUCGAUGUUACCAACAAGCAUCUAUUGAUCCAACAGAGAUGCAUUUCUUUGAGUGCCACGGAACCGGAACAGAAGUCGGUGAUAUGGAAGAAGUUAAAGCUAUAUGGUCAAUACUGGGCAAAAAUCGUCCUCAUUCAAAUAAACCUUUGCUACUAGGGUCAAUAAAGAGUAACUUAGGCCAUUGUGAAUCCGCUUCGGGCUUGCCUUCAUUAAUUAAAUGCCUAUUAAUUUUGAAAUACAAGUCAAUUCCACCAAAUCUUCAUUAUGAGCAACCUUCACCACGUAUUCCAGAAUUACUUGAAGGUUUGAUAGCACCAGUUUUAAAUGUAACUCCCUUCGAUGGUAAAUAUAUUUCCAUCAAUAAUUUCGGCUUUGGUGGAGCUAAUGGGCAUUUCAUCAUAGCUGCGUCAGCACCAAGUGAAUCUCGAGUAGAGGGGAACAGCGAAAUUGAAGAAAGGUCAAUUCUUUUGCUUUGUUGUGGACGUAAUGAACUUUCUUUGCAAACAAUUGUAAAUGGUAUCAUGAAUUUACAGCCGAAUCAAAUAACUCUCCAUUUUGCACGACUAGUUAACCGUUAUGCUUAUAAUAUGUCUUAUAAUGCAUCCCCACACUCAAAGUCCAUGAAUUAUCGAAGUUACAUCAUUUCACACCCACUGUCCAGAAAAGUGUCUCCUGUUUGCCAAUUACCUUCCUCUCUUCCUCUUUUGUGUUUUACCUUUCCUGGAGCUGGAUGCCAAAUGGAUAACAUGAUUAAACCUUUCAUGUGUUUGAAACCAUUUAAAGAAUCAAUUGAAGACUCACUAGCAAUUAUUGAUCCAUUAGGUGUUAAGCAUAUUCGAGAAUUACUCUUUGGGCCAACACAAGGUUUUUGGAAGAUUUUUGCUCUUGGCAUUUUUCAAAUUGCUGUUGUUGAUACUCUAAAGUCAAUUGGAAUUGUUCCUGAUAUAAUUGUUGGUCACUCCUUCGGUGAAUUUUGCUGUGCAUAUGCAGAUGGAUUCAUGUCCAAGCAUGAGAUUCUUGAUAUUUGCUAUUCUCUUAUUAAUGUUUGUUACUCAGUUGUUGCCUCUAAAACAUUUAAAAGCUGUAAAAUGAUCUCUAUUGGACUUUGUUGGGAUGAAUUAUCACCAUUAAUCCCCUACAAUUUAUAUCCAGCAUGUUUCAAUGCAGUCGACAAUAUUACUCUAGCAGGAUUAACGGAAGAUGUAGAUACAUUUGCUGAAUUUCUUGCGAAACAAAACAUUUUCUUUCGGUUGGUCGAUUCAUGUGAAUGUGGAUUUCAUACACCAGCAUUGAAUGAGAUUGCGGAAAAAUAUCGCCAAGAGUUGAGCCACUACUCGAAUGUUUACAGGUCCUUAAGCAAGCGAUGGAUAAUUUCCCACGAGUCAAGUUUAGAUCUCAAUUCAUCAAUAAAUGCGCAAAUCUUUUGGGUUGAAGCAAUAAGAAAUGUAGUCAAGUUUGAAAAGGCUUGCCAGUCAAUUCCAAAGGAUGCUAUUUGUAUUGAAAUUUCACCCAAAAGAUUCUUAACGACAUUGUUAAAACGGAAUUUGCCUGAUUUGGCGGCCAUUGAAGUUCCAUUUGAGAUUGGCAUACACCAUACACCAAAUAAUGAUACCAAUCAUGUGCCAGACAGUCUUUUACAAUCACUAGGAAACUUGUUCCUGAAUGGUUAUGAUAUUAAUUUAGAUCCUUUGCUCUUCGAUCAGCUCAAUAGUCCAGCUCCAAUUGAGACACCUUUUUUAUCACCAUUGAUUAAACUUGAUCAUUCAAUUCCUCGAUUGAUACGUCGAUUUCCUGAAUUUUACAAUAACAACUCAGCCCAAGAAAAAUUCAUCGUUAAUCUAACCAAAGAGGGUAAUCAGCAUUUUGGUUGUUUUUAUUAUAACGGUCAUCAGGUUAUUCCAUUUUCCGGUCUUAUUUAUGCAAUAUGGUCAAAAUUUGCAUCUUUAACUGCUCAAAACACCAAUGAACUACCAAUAAGAUUAGAACGUGUUAAACUGCGCCAGCUUAUUCAGCUUAAGAAAGAUCAAAAUUCAACAUUAUCAUUUUGUGUCAAUUUUGUGCCAACAUUUGGAAGUAAAUACAAUUUUGCAAUAACAUUACCUUCAACUAAUUUAGUGAUUAUGACAGGUCUUGUGUCUGUUCUUAAUGAUUCCAUUGGUAGUUUGAAUGAUGCCAAUCAAAAUGACAAUGAAGAUUCAAGUAAAGUAUACACAAGGCCGAAUAACAUUGGAAAAAAUGUUUUCUAUGGAAUCCUGUCUCGCUGUGGACUUCAUUAUCAAGGUGACUUGAGGAAUGUUGUCACGGUAAAUAUUGAUGAAAUGGAGGGUAAAAUGAGUAACCAUCAAGAUUGGAUUGUUCGUAUCGAGGCAUUGCUACAGCUUGCUAGUUUCGCCAACCAACAAAGUAACCAUAAAACGAUUUCCAGUAUACCCUCACGUUUAGAUGAGAUUCACUGUGUACCAUCAAAAUCCAUUCAAGGCCUUCAAGAAAUUGAGAUAUUCCGUGAUAAGCUAUUAGGUGUUGUUGCAUCUGAUGAUAUUUACAUACGCGGCAUACACUUUGGAUCAUUCCAAUUACCCUCACAAUUAGAUUCUGUGACGUUAAGCGUUGAACAAUUCACUCCAAGAUUUACCUCUGAGGCCCAAGAUUUAGAAACGAGUAUCUCAAUCAUAAUGGAACUUUUUUUUGAAUUGAACCAGCAUCAAAUUAUAGUAUCAAUCACAGUGGCAGAUGAUUAUGUUAAUGGGACACUUGGAGAUUCUGUUAAAUAUAGACUACAGCAACGGAAAUCACCACCUUUAAAUUUAAUUGAAAUUGAUUCCAUAAACCAAUUGACCAACGGCAACAUUUCAAGAUUAGAUGACAAUGAUAUCAGUACAGCAGCCAGCCGUUUGUUGAUCCUUGAGACUGAUAAAAUCAAUUUAUUUGAUUACUUAAGGCAGCUUUUUGGUCCAGUUAUAUCAAAUGUUGACUUUAUUAUUGUCCUACAAACAAUCAAAAAUGUUUACAGCCCUGAUGAGAAAAAUAAUAUUAUUGUUAAAGGGAAUAACAAUAAUGAUGAAAUUAAUAAUAAUGAUAUUAAUGAUUACGAGUACUUCAAGUAUUUAGAUUUAACAAAGCUUGGAUUAGUAAUGGUUGCUUGUCACUUAACCAAUCAAGGUUACCUUUAUCUGAUUCGUCGGUCAAUUGACCCGGUAAUAUUGAAUGUCAAGAAAGUUAAUAUUGAGUCACUUGGUUCAAGUACUUUCAUGUCUCAUGAUAAUCAGAAUGUUGAUCAACAAGCAAACAUACACUUUUUGAUUGUUAAUAAUUUGUCUUCAUCGAUGGGUCUGAUUGAUACACUAGAGAAAGAUGAUUUAACUGUGAAUGAUGAAAAACAGAAAACACAAUUGAAAUGGUUGAUUAAUGAGACGAGCAACUUUGAUGGAAAUGACAUUAAACAUUGUUUAGAUGAGCUUAUGAAAAUUGGCUUAACUUACAAUGUUUUACGUAAUGGUGUUCAAGGAAGCUUCCAUUAUUUACCAGUCAAUUUAACUUCAGACUCUUCGUCAUCAAAAGCAAACUCUAAGCUCAACAAUCUUGAUGACUCUUUGGGUCAACUUUUGUUUCACUCUUCUUUUAUCUCGUCUGUUAUCUGUUCAAACCAGUGUUCAAUCCAGUCCAACUUUAAUUGUCAUUUAAUUGGAUUUUCAGGAUUAAAAGCUGAUGGUUCCACCGAAAUUGGAAUAAUUAGAUACAAUUCUGUUACAUGUGAAUAUCAAAUCAUCAUUAGUUGGCCAUUUAAUCAACCAAAAUGGUCACUUGAAGAAGCUUCAACCAUUCCUUUGCCUUAUUACUUGGCAUAUUAUGCUGUUAUUAUCCGUAGUCGUCUGCAAACCAAUGAAACUGUUUUAAUUGUAAAUGGACACUCACCCGUUGGUUGUGCAAUUAUCGCAAUCGGUUUAAAAUUAGAAUGCACCUUAUACCUGACGGUGGAAACGGAGGACCAAAAGCUAUCAAUAAGGAAACAAUUUCCUUCAUUAGGAAAUCACCAGUUUAUCAUUACAGCCACUAGUGAAGGAAUUGAGCAAACAAUUAUGGAUAUAAAUAAUGGUCACGGAUGCGAUUUAGUUGCUAACACUAUGGUUUUACCUGCUAUAAACAAUGACGUUCAAGGUUACACCAGCCCUAGUCAGGUCAAAGGUAACAUGGAGUCUAUUUUAGAGUGUUUAACUGUCGGUGGAAGGUGCGUUGACCUUAAUAAGUCUCCCAUGUCGGAUGAUGAUGACCUAGGUUUAGCUGUUUUCCUUAAAAAUAUAACUUACCAUGGGGCUACACCGGAAGGACUUUUUCAAGCACUAACCACAGAUGCAACAGGAAACAGUUUUAAAAUUCAUCAACAAGUUAUUGAUUUAGUGCAUAAAGGUAUAGCCAAUGGAACAGUUUGUCCGUUACCCAAUUCAAGAGACCUUCACAAGAUUGAAUUGAGCGAUUACAAAAACCGGUUUAAUCAUCAACAGUCUACACCAGAUAAGCCCAUGGUUGAUAUUAUCUUUGGUCAACCAGGUGAUAUUGAACUCGAAAUCAUUAAACACUCUGAGCGUACAGACAAAGUCUCUAAUUUUAUCAUUUUAACUUCAAGUAAAUCUUCAAAAUUUACGACAAUUUUUCCAUCAUCACCUUUUACUUCUGCCUCUUCAAACUCACCAGUAUCAUCCUCAGUGUCAAACUCAUUACUAUCACCACCAGCAUCAUCAUUAUCACCAUUGUGUUAUCAUUCAUCCAUUAUCAAUCAACUUGGAUUAUUAGAUGAUUCAUCCGUUAAGAUUUUCGAUUUCAUUGAAACAAUCGAUAAGAAAACCAAAUAUGAUCAAGUGUUGAAAGAUAUUUCACACAAUUAUACAGUAAACAAAGUAUUCCUUGUCUACCGAGGAUCUCACCAGGACAACCAUCAGUUCAGAAGCCAAUUAAUGAUUGAAUUAUUGGAUUAUAUUACCAAUUCAGAGGAACUCUCGAUAAACUUUCUCACCCUCAUCUCAUGUUCCCUGUCUCAAGACUUUUUUCACAGACUUUUCUUGUUGUUAGAGGUUUGGUAACAGCAACCAUUGGAUGUUCAAUCAGAUAGACUGAUAAAAAAAUACAGACUGGUGGUAAAGCAGCAGAAUAAGAAGAAGAAGAAGAGGGCAAUGAUGAUAACUAUAAGCAAGAAGCAGAAUGAGAGGCACAUAAAAAAGAGAGCUGUUCUUGUGAUUGUAAUUAAAUUCAAACGUCUGGAUAACUCAAUGAUUGACUGAAUCGGCUUUUGACCUGGAAAAUAAAUUAUGAAAAAACGAGUCAAUCAGGAGGAAAACAGGCGAUGACAGAAAUAAAAAUGAAAGGCAAAUAAAGAUGACUCUAAUUGUACCAAAUGAGACUAGGAAUAUAUUAAUAAGUCAUGGAGGUUGAUAAUAAAGGGGCAAAUGAUACAAACUGAUGUUUCACAGACAGUCAGUAAAAAAGGAAGAAAGAGAAAAAGAAAGACAGAGAAUACAAAAAUUGUACAGUUCAACUGUUUUUAUAUUAUGUACAAUAUUUAAUGACAGUUGCCACAAUAAUUAGUCUCUCCCUCUUCAUCAUCUAAUUCAUCAUAAUCGUCAUAUAGCUCCUUCUUCUUCACUCUCUUCUCUUAUCUUCAUCAAUCGUCCAAUUUAUCUGUCGACGUUUCUUUCUCUUGCAUGUUGUGACUUAUCUUCUCUUUCCAUCACAGGAAAUUACUCUUACUGUUUCUUCUUCUCUCUCUUUUCUCUUUUCUUUCUCUAUGGACCCAUAAUGUCCCUUUCCGGUUGUCAAAGUGGGAGACACUUUACGCUGUGAUCAACAGUUUGUUGGUUACAAUUUUUGCUUGUUAACUGAAAAGACAUAAUAUUAGUGAUAAAACAACUAAUGCUGGGUUUUGUCUAAACAGAAAGUAAUACUAAUAAUUUGUUCCUAUUUGCUUUCUUUCCUAGAUUAUACUUUUAUUUGGCCUCAAUUGGUUAGGAAAUGUCAACAAUAUGGAGAGCGGCAUGGUAUUACUAGUUAUGCCGUACAUUUGGCUGAUUUAUUGUCACCCGAACAUCCCAAUUACUGGUUCCAACUUGAUCAGUACAUAAGUAAACUGUAUUAUCAACUAAUUGGCACUAAAAGAGCUAAUGGUGUGUACAAAUUAACCUCCAAGAUCAACAAUUGAAGGCAACUUUCAAGAGGCAACGUUCAAUGCAAAUAUGGAGGGUAAAAAAAACAUGAUUAUCCAAUUUUAUCAGCAAAAAGCAACUACAAAAAGUGACAUUUAAAGACAAAGUAAAGCUUUCAUGGCAUUCACCUCGUUCUGAGUACAUUGAUGGCUUCUAUAAAGAUCACUAUCAGGACGGAGAAUGAAAGAGUUGAUGUUGGGACAACUUUUGAACUUUACCAGUAAUCAUUAAAUCAACCACAGGGAAAUAAAGUCGCUUGAUUGACAUUAAAGAGCUCACAGAAAUAGGUUAAGACUUGAAUAAGUAGUUUAUGGCACAUUAAUGCUUAUUUCAAGUUGUCUGUCUAUUAUGACGUUGAGUAAAAAAACCAUCGUUCAUUGUAAUACAUUGUUAGAUUACAAUGUAAAAAUCUUUUCAUUUGUUGUCAAAAUUUUAAAUUUCCAACUGUUUUGUUAAGUUUUUUAUUUUCAAAAAUAAUCUUUGUUGACCUGAUUAUUAAAAUUCUGUGCGUUUUAGUUCAAAAAUUGAAAUUCAUUUUGUUGCUUUAUUUUGUAACAUUGAUUUUCAACCGGGAAUUGUUGUUUAAACAUAAUGAAACAUUGACAAAUAGUUAAUUGAGCUAAUUAAGGUUAAAAAUUGUAUUUCAAUUGUUUGAGCAAUACACUGUUCAAUUGACUAGAUUGCGAUUUUCAAGCAAAUAAUUUAUCUUUGACGACAUUUAAAUAGUUUUCAAGGUAUUUCAUUUGUUUCUCUCGUUGUUUGAAUCCACUUAUUGCUACUCUGAGAACGGCUUUUUGUACCUCUGAUUGAUUUUCAAUAUCAAGUGACUCUGGAAAAUCAAGAUUUGAACAUUCAUUAGCAGUUAAGGUUGAAACAACUUGUUGAACAACACCAGCAACUGAAUCAUUUCCAGAGACAGAUGAGUCAACAUUGGCAGUUUCUGUUGAAACAGAUGGCGGUGAGAUAUUGGAAAAAUCAUCAGGAAGUGAAUCGGGAAAAGUUGAAUUGAUUAAUGAAGGUUCUAGUCCAU